AUGAAGAUGGAGAAGAGGAGCGUGUCACUGGGGUAUCUCGAGGAUAUCUCGUUCCAGGCAACGCGACUUCCAGGGAUAGGAGAAGGGAAAGUGAAAGAGAAACGGGGAAAAAGAAGGACGAUUGAGCUGAUAACCCCCCAGCGCAUCCAGCAAUGCCAUGAGCAUGGCCAAUAUGACGUACACGACCUCAUCACCGGCGGCGACGACAGCAGGGCAAGGCAAUAA